AUGUCUUCCACCAACGGUACUCGUAUACACAGCAUCGGCUCGAUGUUCAAGAGCGACAAGAUCUCCUUCUGGUUCUAUGACUCUUUCGGCAUCGUCAGGACCGACGACUCGCAGUCACUGUCCCUGGUGGACCAGUUCGAAGAGGUAGCGGCCAUCGUGGUUGCCAUCGCCUGUUGCGACGCGACGCGGCUGGGUGUCAUGCAAGGCGUCACUCCUCCCAAGGGAUCCAAGUAUCCGGCGAGCUUCCCUCCCGCCAACCUCACUGGGUAUACGAUCAAGAUGCCGCUGCCCAACAAGCGCAGGGCACGGCAGCCGCAGAUGGUGGUGACGCUCGACAAGCCUCUGUUCUGCCAGUAUGCCUUGGUAGGCCGCCACACGACUGUGUACACUGCGACGACGAGUGUUGCAGUUGGACGGAAGAAGGGCAGGGCGGUGAUUGUGAAGCUGUCGCAGCAGGCGAAGGGCAGGAAGCCCGAACAAGACUUCCUCAACGCCGCGUUGGAAGCCGGUGUGGAUCACUUGCCGGAGCUUCACUCCUCGAUAGAUCUCUGGUCUCUGUCUGACGGCAUCCGCAGCGUAUUCCUCAAGAGGGAUCCGGGCCACAACGAAAUUUUCGAAGAUCGAAUCCUGCGAGCGAUAGUCUACACACAGUAUAUUCCAGUGCAACAGUUUCUUGCGGAGUCAUCUGACGCUCCCGAGUAUAUCCGGCUCAUGGUCGACCAGAUGAUGGAAUGCCUCCAUGACCUGCGUCACAAAGCCAAAAUCGUUCAUCGCGACGUGAGCCCGAACAACAUUAUGAUCGAGAUGCGCAACGACAAACCAUUCUUCAUCCUCAACGACUUCGAUCUCGCGACCUUCGUCCAAGACAACGGCACACGGCUCCACCCGGCGUCCUCUAAGCACCGCACCGGCACACUACCGUUCAUGGCCAUCGAAAUACUGCAGGACAUGGAUAUUCCCCUAACCGUAGCCAAGCCCGGCCGUAUCGAGCUCCAAAUCGCUCACCGCCUGCGACACGACUGGGAGUCUCUUCUGUGGGUCGCGCUGUGGUGCAUGCUGACGACGGACCCUGACGCCUCCGGGACGGAGCUCGAGAGCAAGAUCGUGAGCUUCCUGUCCGACUGGGAGACCGGCGAACUCAGCACCAUCGCGGACGUGAAGAUCUCGGUUAUUCACGACUCGUCUCGUGCCGAAAAAUUGAUCCCUCCCCGUUUUAGGACCCUCAUCCCGUGGUUCGCGCGAUGGUGUGAUGUCCUGCGGGACGCUCAUCAGGUUAUCAAGAGGCAUCGACUGCUAUCUCGUAAGGAGCUCGUUAGGAUGGACAGAGAGACGUUGAAUGGGACUAUCACCUUAGAGAAGCUGAAGGAGGCGCUGCAUGCUCCUGACGAAGCAGCCGAAGAGGAGGAAGAGGAGGAGGGGGAAGAGGAGGAGGAAGAGGAAGAGCACUCUGAUGAUUGUCCCCCAGACGUAACCGAGAACAGAGUACGGAUCAUUGAAUGGUAA